AAACAGCAUCAAUACUCACCGGACAAAAGAAGAAAGGAGAAAAUAAAACAAAAGAAACAGAAAAUCAGAUAAAAACAAAAGAAACAGAAAAUCGGAAGAAAAAAACAGAAGAACAUUAGAUAACCUCCCCCCAAAAAGAAGAAGACAAACAUUACAGAAAGAUCCAAAGUGCGAAUAACAGAAGCAUGGACGUGUACACGGUGGAGAAAGACAAAGAGCUCACUGCGGAUACAGGAGGGCGGGAGAGCUCGGCCGAAAGACGCACUCGUCUUCUAAGACAGGGCCUCAAGAUGUUCCUGUGCAGCUUGGCCAUGUGGACAAUGGGCUCGAUGUACGUGUACCCUUCGGUUCUGGCGAACGACCUGGCCGCCCACAACACGACCAUCUACGGCUCGUUCAUCAACCUCACGGAUUCGCAGAUCGACAUGACAGGCAGCUUGGUGAUGCUGGGCUCGACGGUGGGCCCGUGGGUCGUGGCGCCGCUCAUGAUGCAUCUCGGGCGGCGGGCGUGCAUCCUCGGGUCUGGCUCCACGGCGCUGCUGGGCUGGCUCGGGGUGGCACUCCUGCCCAAUCUCGUUGGCAUUCUGGUGGCACGCGGUCUCUCGGGAAUGGCGGCCGGCGGGCUCUCGCUCGUGGCCAACAGCUACGGCAUAGAGCUGGCGGACCCCGAGGUGCGGGGCACGAUGGCCAUGAUGCUCAACCUCGGCAUUUUGCUAGGCCAAGUGGUCACAGUGAGCGUGGGAUACGACGCGCGCUACUUCAUCGUGGCACUAGUGGACAUGGCCAUCCCGCUGGCACUCCUACUCUCCCUCUUACAUCUUCCUGAGAGUCCGCCGUACCUCGUGCUUAAAGGACGCGAGGGCGAGGCGCGCGAAGUCCUCCUGGAUCUUCGAGGGCGAUAUGCUGACCUCGAGGGCGAGAUCCAGAGCUACAAGGACCUCAACCGCACCGGCCACAGCGAGGGGACGUGGCGUGACCUCCUUCGACCUGCGGUGCUCAGGGACCUGGCCGUCGUCUCGACCUUGUUUAUACUCAUGUAUUUUACAGGUUACCAGGUGAUCAGUGCAAACACUUCAAGACUGCUCAAAGAGGCGGGCUCCAGCAUCGAUGAGAGUCUGGCCACCAUUAUCAUUAAUAUCGUGCAGGUCGUCGCCGCCGUCGUCGCCUCCCUCCUGAUGGACCGCCUCGGCCGCCGACGCAGCACGAUGCUCUCGUACGGCGUGAUGUGCGCGUCGCUGGGGUGCCUUGCCGUGUACCUGCUGGCGGCGGGGGAGCAGGACCCGCGGCCGCAGGGUUGGGUCCCCUUGGCGUGCCUCGCGGUCACGCAGGGCGCCGUCACCGUCGGAGUAAAUCCGAUUCCUUUCAUCCUGAGCAGCGAGUACUUCCCGACCCGCAUCCGGGCCUGGGCCGCCGGCAUCUGCUACACGGUCGGCAACAUCGCGGGGUUUCUGGCGCUGCAGUUGUUCACGCCCAUGUUUGAGGCCUUCACGCAGGUGGGCCUCUAUGCUUUCUACUCGUCCGUUUGCCUUGUAGGAGUUCCCUUCACGUAUUUCUUUGUCAGAGAGACAACCGGAGCUAAGAUCGGGUGAAGGGUUUCGGACGAGGCCACGAGGAAGAGGAGGGAUGUGAACGAGUUGAUGAAGGAAAAGAAGAAAAUUGGAAGAGAAUAGGAGAACGAAGGAAAGAGAAGGAAAAUGACUUGGAAGAGAAUGGAACGAAUGAAGGAGAAAAUUGGAAGAGAAUAGAAGAACGAAGCAAAAAGAAAAUUGGAAGAGAAUAGAAGAACGAAGGAUAUAUGGAAGCUAAUAGAAGAACGAAGGAAAAAGAAAAAUGAAAGAGAAUAGAAGAACGAAGGAAAGAGAAAAUUGGAGGAGAAUGGAAGAACGAAGGAAAGAGAAAAUUGGAAGAUAAUAUAAUUAAGGAAAAUGGCAAUUGGAAGAGAAUAGAAGAACGAAGGAAAAAGAAAAUUGGAAGAGAAUAGAGGAACGAAGGAAAAAGAAAAUUGGAAGAUAACAGAAUGAAGGAAAAUGGCAAUUGGAAGAGA